CUAAUCCCAUAUGUUCUUCUCUCUCUCCUCCUUUUGUACUGAUUCGAAAACCAGUCUUUUUACAAUUGGAUCUGAAGAAUUUUGGUCAUGAACUUCGGGAAUGAGUCGGCGGAAGGAACUGGGGGUAGGAAUGAUGGAAGGCCGGCGGGGAAUUUCCCACUGGCGAGACAGAAUUCGGUGUAUUCGUUGACAUUUGAUGAGUUUCAGAGUACGAUGGGAGGAAUUGGGAAGGAUUUUGGAUCUAUGAAUAUGGAUGAAUUGUUGAAGAACAUAUGGAGUGCAGAGGAGAUGCAGAGUAUGGCGGGAUCUAGUGGUGGUGUACAAGAAAGUAAUGGAGUUUAUGGUGGAUCGUUGCAGAGGCAAGGGUCUUUAACACUACCGAGGACGUUGAGCUUGAGAACUGUUGAUGAGGUUUGGAGAGAUAUGUCUAAGGAGUAUGGUAUGGGAAAGGAUGGAGUAACAGUUGCUGCUGCUGAUGGAUCGAAGAUGAAUCAGAGACAGGUGACUUUAGGUGAGGUAACACUUGAGGAGUUUUUGGUUAGAGCUGGAGUUGUAAAAGAGGAUAAUCAAUUAGUUGGAAACCCUAAUAAUAAUGUUGGGUUUUAUGGUGAUUUUACACAUCAAAACAAUAACCCUUGUUCUACUCUUGGACUUGGACUUGGGUUUCAGCAAUCUAGUAACAAUGGUAUUCAUGAUGGUGGUAACAACAAUCAAACAGCUAAUUUGCCACUGAAUAUAAACGGGGCUCGAUUAACCCAACAACAGUUUCUAUUACCAAAGCAACCCAACAUGGUAUUUGCAACUCCAAUGUCAAUGCCAAUGACAAAUGGGAAUCAUUUGGGUAGUCCAUCGAGGAUUAAUGGUAAUUUGAUGGGAAUGGUUGGUGUAGGAGCUAAUUCUGUAACGGUUGCAAAUGGGUCUCCAGCAGGUUUAUCUUCUGAUGGAAUUGGAAAGAGUAAUGGAGAUUCAUCUUCUGUUUCACCAGUUCCUUAUGUUUUUAAUGGAAGUUUGAGAGGAAGGAAAUGCAGUAAUGCUGUGGAGAAAGUUGUUGAAAGGAGACAAAGGAGAAUGAUAAAGAACAGAGAGUCGGCUGCUAGAUCAAGGGCUAGAAAACAGGCAUAUACAAUGGAAUUGGAAGCUGAAGUUGCUAAACUAAAAGAAGAAAAUGAACAACUAAGGAAGAAGCAGGCUGAAAUACUGGAGAUGCAGAAAAACCAGGCCAAGGAAAUGAUGAACAUGCAGCAAGGAAAGAGACGGUGUCUGAGAAGAACCCAGACCGGACCAUGGUGAAAAAGUAAAAGUAGUGAGUGGGUUAUGGUUCAAGAGGAGAGAAUUAGAUGUAAAUAUGUCAUGGUAAAAACCUCAUAGUAGAUUAAUUGUAACUUUUUUUACUUCUUAAUUAGGUGCAUACAUUGCUUCAA